AAAGCGAUGUAGAGGAAAGACAAUGGGGACCUCAGGACAGACCAAGGCUCCUAACUGAUCUUUCCAAAGCGAUGGAUGCUUCUCCCAGCACUGCAGUAUCCCUCCUCCUCACCCCUUAUCUACAUUGAAGCUGCUGACAAAGAAGAUCCAGGGUCUCCUCUCACUAACACUGAUGAUAAAGAUGAUCAUGAUAUUCUGAUUUUCUUCUACAUAUAUAUUUUUUGCAUUAACAUUGCCCAUCUUUGUAUUUUGAUGGCAUACAAAUUAAGAAGCGCCCUCCCUCUGCUCCAGACAGGUCCCCUCCAGUCUUCAUUCUUGCACAAAUGACUUUACAGUACCUACACUUUGGCAAGCUGCAAUAUUCAGUUCCCAUCCCCUCCCCCCAUCCGAGAUACAGAUCCAUACCUACACCAAUACAUGUAGUUCGAUGAUUCCUCUCCUCUACACGUAUCUUCCAAGAGGAUGACUCAGAUCUAGAAAAUAAUAUACUUGCUACUGUACCUGGCUGCAGUCGAGAGACUUUUUACAUUCCCCUAAAGAAAAAAAAGUCAUCCGAAGAUAUUUUCGCAUUCUUUACGUAAAACUAGGAAUAUUAAUUCAAGAUUUGCCAUGUUCUUGAAGCAAUAACUAUGCAGAGGCUUAGAGAAGACUGCAGCUCAUAAACCCAGUGGAUAAGCAAAUGUUCAAAAGUUGCAGGUCACCGCAACAUUUUGACUGGUUUCCUUCUAGGCCCUAGGAUGAGUAAUUGUAGCAGCCGUGCAUUGACCCUACUCAGUAGCGUCUUUGGAGCGUGUGGUCUCCUUUUGGUUGGCAUAGCCGUUAGCACUGACUACUGGCUUUACAUGGAAGAAGGAAUUGUCCUACCUCAAAACCAAACAACUGAAGUCAAGAUGGCAUUACAUGCUGGGCUAUGGAGAGUGUGCUUUGUGGCUGGUCGAGAAAAGGGUCGGUGUGUUGCUUCGGAAUUUUUUCAUGGACCAGACACAGAUAUUGUGACAGAAAACACUGCAAAUAUACUCAAGACCAUCCGUAGUGCUACGCCAUUUCCCAUGGUCAGCCUUUUUCUUGUGUUUACUGCCUUUGUUAUCAGCAACAUUGGACACAUCCGGCCACAGAGGACAAUACUGGCUUUUGUGUCUGGCAUUUUCUUUAUUCUCUCAGGCCUUUCCCUUGUGGUAGGUUUGGUUCUUUACAUCUCCAGUAUUAAUGAUGAAGUCAUGAACAGACCUAGUAGUUCUGAACAAUAUUUCAACUACCGAUAUGGGUGGUCUUUUGCUUUUGCAGCCUCCUCGUUCCUCCUAAAAGAGGGCGCAGGUGUUAUGUCUGUGUACUUAUUCACAAAGCGUUAUGCAGAAGAGGAAAUGUAUCGCCCCCAUCCAGCCUUCUACCGCCCUCGUCUCAGCGACUGUUCAGACUACUCAGGUCAGUUCCUACACCCUGAAGUGUGGCAUCGUGGUCGCAGCCCAUCAGAAAUCUCUAGUGAUGUGUCAAUCCAGAUGACUCAGAACUAUCCACCUGCAAUCAAGUACCCAGACCACAUACACAUAUCAACAUCACCCUGCUAAAAGAACCAUGAAAUGGAAAAUGUUUGGAAGUUCUAAACAUCUCCUUACAAUAAAACUUGCUAUACAGACAUCAUAGUUUAACCUAAUGAUCUGUUAAACUAGAGACAUUAUAUUGCAGAGUUUAAAAUGUGAGCUUUUACUUCCCAUUUUGAGGAACUCUACUGCUCAUGUACCAUUUAAUGGAAUCAAUUAUUAUUAUUUUUUUUUAUUGUUUUCACGGUUUUGUAGACAACAUGAAUAUACAAUGUAGCCAUAUCAUAUUUUCAUCUUUACUUUAUCACUAUUAUUUAGAACAUUUCUUUCUAUCUUAACUCUUUUCGUUCUUCCGUUUUCUAUAAAGUAAUUUCUUAAUACUUUGAAGGAGAUUGAUAUUCAAUACUAAACUUUUGACUAUGUAAAAUAUUUCUAAAUUCUUCAUUCAUUCACCUGGAAGAUGAAAGAAAAACAACCAGGAGACUUUUUCUGUACUGUUUUAUUCUGAUGCAAUGUUCACCAGACUGAAAAGAAGAAAACGCUAAUAGCGAAAUCUCUCCAGCAAGAAAGAGGAUUGAAGAAAACAAAUAAAAUAAACAAUACAUUCUGUGGAUUUGUGGUGUUCACAUGGACUGAACAUCUGCUUUGUGUGGCCACAAACUAGAAAACCUAAUAGACUACCUUCCUCGUUCUCUUCAUGAGGUGCAGUAUCUUGGAGGUUGUUACCUAAAGUCUUACAGAUGCUACUGUUUUAUGUUCACUGUGCUAAGCUAUAGUAGAUUACAGACAACGUUGAAAGCUGUCUAAUAGAAUGUCACAUUCCAUUAAAAUAUUGCCAUUUUUAUGAUUUCCCUGUUAACCUUCUGUUUGGAAAGCUAAAGAACUAAAGCAAAAUAUGUGUUGUAAUCUGAUCGCUCUAGUCAAGGUACCAAGGACACUGUAUUGAUGUGUAAUAUCUGAUAGACCUGUCAUGGUCAUAUAGUUUAUGUAUCUUUUUUCCUCUUUAGUUUAAUCAGCAGUCUGGAACAUCUUGUUCUUUGCACUGCCAACUAUCGCAACAAUAACAUUCCUAAAGUUCACCAUAGACCUUUAUUGGGACAGGAGCUAAUGAAGUAAACAGUAAUUAUAUAUAGUUUCUCAAUUUAUACUUGCUUGCACACUGAACAAAAAACAGACAGCAAACUGUAUUUUGAAGGCUAGCUGACAACAUAUGUCAAAGGCAUUUUUCCACAUUGCACUAUCCCUACAACACAUUCUCAAGUGUUGGUAUAAUGUACAGAAUCAUAAUGUAUAAAUUGAUGUAAUUAUUUUAAUGCUGUGAUUUUCACAGGGACUUGGAAAGGCCUGGCUUGCAUUUUGCCCAUUGUAUAUCCUUUCAUCCACGGAAGACAUUUUGUUUCUGCAAUGAGCAGAAUAUAAUGGUGUCUAAAGAGCACUGAAAUGUAUAUAGAUAGUUGAUAUAUAUAUCAAUGCAAUGUAAGAAAUAUAACAUGAGAUAUAGUGACAAAAUAAUGCUCUGUCUGGAAGUCAUUACAGAUAAUAUAUGAAGAGAGGCGACUAUAUACAUUGGCAUUCAGGUUGUUAAAUGUAUUUUUCAUAUAUGUUUUAUAUUUAUAGCAAUUGAUUUUUACCUUCACAAAUUUACUUAAAAAUGUCCUAAAUGUUUAAGCUAUGCACUUCAGUGUUUAAAUUCAAGUUUCUUAUUUGAUAGGAGACAUACCAUUACCAUGUGGUAGAAGAGGAAGAAACUGUGACCAUACACCUUAGACUUUGGUAGCUUUAGCCAACUGAGUAUUGGGUAUGGUGGCCUCUCCACUAACAGAUGGAGGGGGGGGGGGGCAGAAAGGUUAAGUGGAUUGUUAAGAGAGAGAGAAAAAGAAAGAGAAUGAGAAAGAUACCUUAAAUAGCUUACCCAAAGAGGGAAUAGCAUGUCUGUGUAUCUGUAAAGACUUGCUAGCCUCUGCACUAAUUCAAACAUUUAGCGUUUGUGGUGUGGUGGGUGGCGGUGGGUGAGUACAAGGGAGAGGAAUAGCAACAGUGUAAAAUAAGAUAAUUGAACCAGUGACAUUGACCAUACUACAGCAACUGCAGCACAAAUGGCUGGACUUUGAAGGGAAAGACUUAAAGCAGUGUUUAAUGGCCAUUCUUUUAUGCCACAACUUUUUAAAUAAUGCUGUGGCUGGUGAGAUAGGAAAAAAUCUAUACUUAUCUACCAGGUCCCCCACAGGUCCCGCUGCAGCUCUCAUAGCAACUCUGAUACUCAUCCCCUGAUACUCAUCUCUUCUGUCUUCUUCUGAGAGGAAAUGUAGAAGGAGGACCUGCCCCCUAGCCAAUCCUGGUUGAGAAAGGACACCACUGUGACUGAGAGGGGAGGUCCUUCUUCUUCUACAUCUUAUCUUUGAAGCAGACCAGGAGAGGAACAUUGUGGAACCAAAAAGAAACAUAACAGAAGCUGCAGUGAUAUGUGCAAAGGACUAAGGUUUGUAAGUAUUACUUCUUUCUUUUUCUCACCAUCCUUACACUGACAUGUCCUUUCAGCUUUUAUUAUAUACUUUAAGGGGUACAACGGUAGAAAUUUUCUUUUUUUUCAAUCAACUGGUGCCAGAAAGUUAAACAGAUUUGUAAAUUACUUCUAUUAAAAAAUCUUAAUCCUUCCAGUACUAAUUAUUUUCUUUUUGGAACACAGAGCUCUCUGCUGACAUCAUGACCACAGUGCUCUCUGCUGACACCUCUAUGCAUUUUAAGAACUGUCCAGAGUAGGAGAAAUCCCCAUAGAUAACAUAUGCUGCUCAGUUCCUAAAAUCGACAGAGAUGUCAGCAGAGAGCACUGUGGUCAUGAUGUCAGCAGAGAGCACUGUCUUCCAAAAGAAAAUAAUUUCCUCUGUAGUAUUCAGCAGCUAAUGAGUACUGGAAGGAUUAAGAUUUUUUUUUAAUAGAAGUCAUUUACAAAUCUGUUUAACUUUCUGGCACCAGUUGAUUAAAAAAAAAAGUUUUCCACCGGAGUACCCCUUUAAAUGGUAACUCUAAUUAAAAAAAUUUUUGCUAUUGCUCUCCUUAUGGUAAAAAAUAUAUAUAUUUCUAAUAUACUUCGUUUGAAAAAUGUUUCAUGUUUUAUUUGUGCUUAAAAAAGCUCAAGAGCACAUUUUCCCCCCAUCUCAUACUCAG